AUGGAAUCUACUACUUCUUUACCUAUAAAGCUUCUUCCAUCAAACUUGCGUCCCAUAGCGUUUAGGGUACUAUCAAAAAAACAUGGGUUAAAUAUAAAUACUGAUGCUCUUACCCUUUUGACAGAAGUGAUCAGUUAUAAAUUUGGAUUUGAAUGGAAAGGUCCGAAAGCACAACAAUUUCUAGAAGAAGUUGCUAAAGUAUGGAAAGCAGAAGAUCGGGGGUUAUUCAUCGAUGGAGCUGGUUUGAAACAGGUUCUAAAAGAUAUGAAUCAGAAAUCGGAAUCUCUGUCAUUUAGUGACAAAGCCAAAAGAUCAGAUACCCUUGAGGAUAUAGAACAAGAAGAAAUACUUAACUGGGAAGAUUACUUCAAAAUUAUAUCUCCAAACGAUCAACUUGCAAUAGUUUUUGAUAAGAAUAGAAAGCAAUUUAGUAUCAGUGCAAAAAAAGGUUCAUCGUUGAUGCAAAGUUUAUCAAAUAAUUUACAAUCUUCAAUUGAAUUGUUCACCAAUCGUUAUUAUUUGUUGGUGGAUAGAUUAUCCAGAAAUGAGAACUUUCAAAAGUCAUCAAUGGCCAGCAUAUCAUCUAUUAGUUUGAAUUUAAAGGAGGGGAAUCUAACAAAUGAAAUCACUUUGAUCAAGAACGUGCUAGGAAGAGAUGGUCAGAAGUUUAUUUUAUUUGGUUUAUUAUCAAAGAACACAAAUGAUGAAUAUAUCUUAGAGGAUGCAACUGAUCAUAUCGAAUUAAAUUUCUCUCAAACAUUCAAGACUGAAGGUUCCUUUUACUGUCCUGGGAUGUUUGUAAUUGUUGAAGGGAUUUACUCUGCUUCGGGAGGAUCUUCCAAUCAAGCACACGAUUAUAUAGGAGGUUGUUUUUAUGUAAGUAAUAUUGGUCAUCCUCCGGCAGAAAGAAGAGACAAGAGCUUAGAAGUAUAUGGUAAUCUUGAUUUCUUAGGAAUUCACAGACAAAUCCAGCCACAGAAUGGGGAAAGAAUCACAAAAAUACCAAAAGGAUUGAAAAAGAAGUUGACGCACCUAGAAAGGGGACUCGCAGAUCACAAAUUUAUAUUCCUUGGGUCAGACUGUUUCUUGGAUUCUUUUAAAGUCAUGGAGGGGUUAAAGAAAUUCUUUCAUAAAUUGGAGAAUUCAUUAAUCGAGUCUAUGGAAUCAGAAGAAACGAGUACACCCCUAGCCAUCGUUUUGACUGGAUCCUUUACUUCAAAACCAUUGACUUCUACAAACUCAUCAGUGUCUAAUAUUUCAAAUUCCGAGUCUUAUAAGAGUAAUUUUGAUGAAUUGGCAAACAUCUUGAGUAAUUACCCGAAUACUGUGAAGCUUUGCAAACUUGUGUUGAUUCCUGGAAAGAAUGAUCCUUGGCAUUCUACUUACUCUCUUGGUUCUUCUACCUUGAAUCACUUCCCACAAAGAUCAAUUCCGAAAGUGUUUAUAAACAGACUAGAGAAAAUGUUACCUAAAGGAAACUUAAUAUUAGGUUGGAAUCCACUUCGAAUAAACUAUUUAUCUCAAGAAAUUGUUAUUCUUAAAGAUGACGUAAUGACUAAAUUCAAGAGGAAUGAUAUGAUUUUCGCUAACGACUUGGAGAAAGAAAAGGAAAUAGUUCAACGUGAUUCAGCUAGUGACAAAGAUAGGAUAGACACUCUUUUGCAAGAUAAAUCAGAGCACUUACCUACUAAAUUAAAAGAAGCAAGAAAAUUAGUGAAAACUUUAUUAGAUCAGGGUAAUUUACAACCAUUUAUGAAAAGUUUGAAAAUAAUCAACCCUGUUUAUGAUUAUGCCCUCCGUAUUGAACCAUUACCUAAUAUUAUCGUUCUUCAUGAUUCAACCUUUGAUAAUUUUGAUGUUACUUAUAAUGGUUGCAAAGUUAUAAAUGUUGCUAAAAUUGUAUCAAACAAUUCACGAAAAUUAAAUUAUGUAGAAUACUAUCCAAGCCUUAGGAAGUUUGAAUUUAAAGAAUUGUACUUUUAG